AUGGCUGAGCAGGACUCUGGCUUAAAGCCCGAGCGUACAAAGACCCAGGAGAGGUUGAACAAAUGUCUGGGACUGGGACACACGGAGCUCAGCCAUCACCGCCAGCUCGCCAAGCCUGCGCUGCCUUCGAGGCCGGGCACGCUGCGCCACUUGCGGAGCCGCGAGAGGCGGCAGGCCACGCUCGGCCCAAGCGUCGUCUACGUGCAGGUGGUGGCGGCCGGGAGCCGGGACGCGGGCGCCGCCGUCUACGUCUUUUCCGAAUUCAACCGGUACCUCUUUAAUUGUGGUGAGGGGGUUCAGCGCCUUAUGCAAGAGCACAAGCUAAAAGUGGCACGCCUAGACAAUAUCUUCCUGACCAGGAUGGCCUGGGCAAAUGUUGGUGGUUUGUCUGGAAUGCUUCUUACCUUAAAGGAUAUAAAAGUUCCGCAGUGUGUUCUGUCAGGACCACCAGAGCUGCAAAGCUACCUGGAAGCUAUCAAAGUGUUUUCUGGUCCCCUGAAAGGAAUAGAUGUAGCAGUGCGACCCUGUACAGACCCAGAGUAUAAGGAUGAGACUAUGACAGUUUAUCAAGUACCUGUUGUUGGAAAGCAGCCAACCAGCAAGUCUGAAGGGCGUUGGAUUCCUGAAAGAUCAUCCCAAAGUGGUGUCAGUCCAAAGCAUACUCGCGCAUCUCCUACAAAUAUAGUUCAGUGUCUGGAGGAAGACAAAAAUGAAGAGUCCCUGAAUAAAAAAGGAUAUGGCAACCGAAGAUUUAGUAGCAGAGAUCCAACUCUGGUCGUGGCUUUCAUCUGUAAGCUUCACCCAAGGAAAGGGAACUUCUUGGUGUUUAAAGCAAAGGAGUUGGGCCUGCCAGUUGAAACUGCAGCCAUUCAGCCUAUAAUUGCAGCUGUCAAAGAUGGAAAGAGCGUCACUUUUGAAGGCAGAGAGAUUUUGCCUGAAGAGAUCUGUUCUCCCCCUGAUCCAAGCUCCAUUUUCAUUGUAAUUGAGUGUCCUCAUGAAGGGUUUGUGGAUGCCAUCUGUGAAAAUGACACAUUCCAAAGGUAUCAAGAGGGAAAAUCUGAGGAUCAUGUGGCCUUGGUUGUUCACAUAACCCCCGAGUCUGUGCUCCGGGACAGCCGGUACAAGCAGUGGCUAGAAAAGUUUGGAUCCGAAACUCAGCACUUAAUACUUAAUGAAAAUUCCAACGCUGUGCACUGUCUGCGCAGCUACAAAGUACAAAGCCAGCUGAACCUGAUUCACUCGGAAAUCUUUCCGUUGUUGACCAGUUACCAGAGUAAGGAAGAAGAAGCUAAUUUUGGCAUACCUGUUGUCCGGGGAGAAUGUCUCCUGAAAUACCAGCUGAGACCCAAAAAAGAAUGGCAGAGGGAUAUGGUUACUGUUUGCAAUUCCAGUGAAUAUGUGGCUGAAGCACUGGAGCUUCCUAACUUCCAGGACUGUGUGAAGAAGUGCAAAGAGAACCUGCAGGCUGAACCAGUCACGUUGGGUGAGGAAAGAAGAGUAGAAGAUUAUCCAGAAAUCGUGUUCUUAGGAACAGGCUCUGCAGUCCCAAUGAAAACUCGGAAUGUUAGCUCCACCUUGAUAAAUACCAGCUCUACCCAAUCCCUGCUCUUGGACUGUGGAGAAGGAACAUUUGGCCAGCUCUGCCGCCAUUAUGGAGAGGAGAUUGACAAUGUCCUUUGUAACAUAGAAGCUGUGUUUGUGUCUCAUUUACAUGCUGACCAUCAUACAGGCUUGUUGAAGAUUCUACUAGAGAGACAUCAAGCUUUUGCAUCCCUGGGCCGAUCACCCAGGCCGCUGUUUCUGAUUGCUCCCCUACAGCUCAUGACGUGGCUGAGCCAGUACCAUGACCACUGCCAACACAUUCUUGGUCAUUUCAAUAUGAUUUCUGCCGGUUUACUGGUUGAAGGUUGUAAAGUUGAAAAACCUAAACUUAAAACACUUAUUAGUUCCCUGCUAGAGAAAUAUGGCUUUGCAGAGUUUCAGACUUGUAAGGUUCAUCACUGUAGAAAUGCCUUUGCUUGUUCAAUGAUCCACAGUUCUGGCUGGAAAAUAGUCUAUUCUGGUGACACGAUGCCCUGUGAGGCUUUAGUCAACAUGGGGAAAAAUGCUACACUGUUAAUCCAUGAAGCAACAUUGGAAGAUGGCUUGGAAGUGGAAGCGAUAGAGAAGAUGCACAGCACAACUUCCCAGGCAAUAGAGAGUGGAAUGAAGAUGAAUGCCAAAUUCAUUGUGUUAAAUCAUUUCAGCCAACGGUAUGCCAAAAUUCCACUAUUCAGUGAAGACUUCACUGAGAAGGUUGGAAUUGCAUUUGACCACAUGCAGAUACGUUUUAGUGACUUUCCAACUAUUCCUAAACUGAUCUGGCCUCUGAAAGCUCUAUUUGCUGGUGACAUCGUAGAGAUGGAGGACCGGAAAGAGAAACGGGAAAGUCGUCUGUUAAAAGAGGGGGUGGAACUGCUUGAUGGCAAGAACCAAGCCAACAACUCUGUUCCACCUAAGAAGAAACGAGAAAAUACAGAGAACUGUCAGGCAGUGUCAAGCAAGAAGAUUAAAACGACAAACUAAGCAAAGCAUCAUAUGGCUUGUCAAGAGAGAGGCUUUGCACAUCGUGUGUUCUUGUUUUUCUCCUGAAUUUGUAAUGUGCAGCACUGGAGACUUCAGAAAUGGGUAUAGCUGACAGGACACUGGACUAGUGGAGACACCAUUUGAUGUGUAGUUUGGGGUUCCCUAUAGGCUGGAAUUACCAAGCAAGCAUAAGACGGACAGUGAAUAAAACAUGGAAUCCUUGUUCCUUUCUGGUGUCCUCAGUC